UUCAAACGGGUGUAUGGAUCUAAUGCGUUGACACAACCAGUAACAAGCUAAUGUUUAGCCAUUUAUGUUUUGUUAUAUUUAUCACUGAUUAAAACGUUUUACGAAUGGCAUUCAAUUAUCAAAAGUAACCUCGAAUUUUUGGCGUUUGUAUUAUGAAAGCGGCCGUAUAGUUGUUGGAUACGUCCGUUAAACUUUUCAAUGAGUUCUCACAUCGUCACCCCGGGUCCAUACAGGGCCACUAAACUGUGGAAUGAAGUGACUAAAUUGUUCCGGGCAGGGAUGCCCUUGAAGAAACACAGGCAGCACUUCCGAGUUUAUGCGAACUGCUUCACUGCAUCAGCAGCUGUGGACUGGCUAAAUGAGCUCCUGAAGAACAACAGCAAUUUUGGGCCUGAGGUCACCAGACAGCAGACUGUCCAGCUGCUGAAAAAGUUCUUCAAGAACCAUGUUAUUGAGGAUGUGAAAGGUCGAUGGGGAAUGGAAGAUCUGGAGGACAACAGCCACCUGUACAGAUUUCCAUCAACAUCUCCGCUGAAGCCUAUUCCCAACCGCUCCCCUGUUAAGAGGAAAAAGAGCAUAUCAAUGAUGGACAGGGAGGGUUUCUUUAAAUUCAGAACCUCGAAGAAGUUUGACAAAGAAUUUUCGGAAAAUGUGGAUCCAGAAACACAAGACUCUACUGUGGAAUCUGUCUUCAGUGAGACCGAGUGCUGUAGGGAACUCACAGAGGACGACAUUCAAGUGAUUUGGAAGAAUGUAACACUUACGCAUUUGCAGAAGCUGUUGGGAUCAUGGUGUCUUGAUGAUGUUUUGGAUCCAGCCCAAGUCAAUCCUCAGUUCAUUGUGUAUAAUAUGACCAAAGUGAAUAAACACGGAGUUGUUUCCUUGGAGGACAAGACAGAGGAUUUGCCACAUUGGGUUUUGUCUGCCAUGAAAUGUCUUGCAAACUGGCCAAAGUACGACUCGAAUCAACCAUCGUACCCAGGCUUUGAACGGGAUGUUUUUAAAACGAUCUCCGACUAUUUCUACAGUCUUUCUCAGCCCCUGCUUACUUUUCAGUAUUAUGAACUGUUUGUAAACAUCCUGGUUAUGUGUGGCUACAUCAAGGCUCCUAAAGUUCAAUGCGGGAAGCGUAAAAACCAGGAGGAACCGACCUACCCUCAGCCAACCAAAGCCCAGCAUUUGAACGCUGCCAACCUGUUCAAAUCAACUGAAUGUUUACUGAUGAGCUUAUUAAGAAAAGAAGUCUGUGAUGAAGUCGAAUCCCCUAUGAAGGAAGUUUUUAGUUCUAAAGCAGAGACUAAGUUUGAAAGACAUAGAGCACAGCAGCCCAUAUUUAGAGAUAGAAGAGCCAGCGCCGGAGACCGGCUAGGUGGCUGUUAUCUAGAAGCUCAAGUCGGCCGGCUGCGUUCCAGAAGUUGUUCUAUGGAGGGAAUUGUAGAUAACUCAGUGGAUUCUUUUACCAAAAAAGAACUGUUCAGGUCAUCGGAAAGUUUUCAUUUCUCUGGCAGUGAUAAAUCGUUCCCCCAAACAAAUUCUCAAUUGGAUCAUGAGGGAUCUGCAGUUUCUGCAAGCUCUUGUCCUGGUGAGACUGAUCCAAAGUUCCAAAAUGCUAACAGCAACAGUACAAGCUCCCGACUACCUUCAGACUUCCGUCGACCCAACCAGAAACCCCCCAGGGCCCGGCCCAGAAGCAUCGGUAACUUGCUUGACAUAGAGGAGAACACUGAAAUGUCUACAAGCAGUUUUAGCAUCCACGCUCCUGUGGCUGAAAUUACAAUGAGACCAGACUGUUCCUCUAGCAUUGACCUCAGAGCUCCCGGUUGGCCUGUGAGUUUGCAUGGAAGCUGCAUGGAUGUUAGAACGGGUCCGACCAUUAGCAGACGCUGUCAGAGCUCUCUGGACCUAAGCAAACCUGCACCCGCUUGGCCUCCUUUGGUUCCUUUAGCACGCCGCUUCAGUCCUGAGCAAAGUCUGCUGCAGCCAUCUCUGGAGCGCGUGGCAAUCGAGGCCCUUCAGCUCUGUACGUUACUCCUGCCACCUGCCAGUCGCCGGAAGCUCCAGCUACUCCUGCGAAUGAUCUCGCGCAUGAGUCAGAAUGUGGACAUGCCACGACUGCAUGACGUCAUUGGAACCCGCACACUGCUGGUGCAGACGUUCUCCAGAUGCGUGUUGAGUUGUGAGGAGGUGGAUGAUCUGGACGAGCUUUUGGCUACGAGGCUUUUAUCGUUCUUCAUGGAUCACCACCAGGACAUCAUGCAGGUGCCCCUGUACCUACGUAAUGCAGUAGAAGAUCACAUCAGCUAUCUGAAAUCACUGACCACAUGCCCAGGCUCUGCUGUUGCCAUGCCGACAUUCUCAUUCUGCAGGCAGAUCAGCCCUCGCGUGUUUGAGGAGCAGAAACUCUCAGUUUCUCAGGCAGCUCUUGCUGACCUAUUGGAGAAUCUCAUCAAAGACAAGAACAUGUCCGUGAAAGAGAAGAAAAAGAAGCUAAAACUGUUUCAGAAGGAAUAUCCUGACAUAUACUCGAGACGUUUUCCCACAACGGAGAGUGAAGCUCAGCUGUUUGCAGAUAAGCCAAAGAUAAAGCCACCAAUGCUGUUAAGCAUCAAAAAACCCAAAACUUUCAGUAUUCGAAGCUGAGCGCCUCUUAAAGUGCAUAUGACAUUCAUAUAUGGGAGACAGUUCUGGUGUUGUGGGUGUGGGAUGCUCAGAUUUCUUAAAUGGAAUUCAAAUCACUUCAGUUUGAUCUGAACUGUAACUUGAGUUGAAGUCUCAUGUGGGUUUUGCAGAGUAACUUUUAAUGUUUUUUCAGUUAUAAUAGUUGUCCGUCAGUUUUAUUGUUAUUUAUUUAAGGUGUUUGACUUGUUGUAAGUUAUUGGGAGUUCUCACUCAUAGUGUCACAGUGGAUUCAAAACUCAGAAGAUCCAUGGCAAAUUUUAUGCAAGUACUUUUCAUAUGCUUUAAAUAUGGAGCUUCUUUUGAACAAGAUGAAGGUAGACAAUUUGUCUUUUUAUGUUUGUUUCAUUUUUAUUUUCUUUUUUUGCUAUCAUCCUUGUGUGUGUGUGUGUCUUCAGGUACGAAAAACGUGUUAACUCAUACUUGGAAGUAUAAAGAAAUGUUAAUAUAACUCUUUUCUGUCUGACGGGGUUUUCCUGUUUACAAAGCCAGUAUGGGCUAAUUUGCACAGUUUUUUCAUCUUGUAUAUGCCAAAUUUUGUCAUCUUUAUGUAUAUAUUUUCUCUCUAGUACGUAAAACCUAUUAAUUACCUUACUUGGUGUGGAUUGAUCAUCUUGCCAUCUGCUUCUGUACUGUUUAAAAGUUUACAUUUGUAACCAUCAAAUGGUUCGAUACUUAAAAGGGAGUCUGAUUUACAUUUGAUGUUUUAUCAAUUUAUUGAAUGAGCCCAGAUACUUGUACUGUUCCUAUUCUAUGCAAUAAACCAUUUUGAA